AAGACAGGAGCUGCUGGAACGGAGUGGCUGAGUUUCAGUGAAGAGAGAGGCCUCUCAGUUGGCUGAAGGUACUUAAGAGCUCGUUCCUAGCUGUGGGAUUGCAGACUUGCUAUAAUACAACACACAGCACUAAACAAACAACUCUACUUCAUCAUCCACCACCUUGCCUCUUCUUAUCCAGAUCCAUCACUCGAUCUCCAUCAGUCAUCCAAGAUGCCCGCCGCCAUGGAACCCACUCAGCAAGCCCCCAUGACCUCUGAUAACGGAGACAUCGUCACACAGCAGCCUAGCGCUGAGCCUCAGCCUGAUAUGACCAUGCGUGGUGGUGAGGAGGCUGGCUGCGAGAUCUGCUGUGGUCUCUGCGCCUGCGAUGAGGGAUGCUGCUAAGCAGACAGCCUCACGUAGAGUGUUCUGAGUAGAAUAGACUGCUCGGGAUGGAGUUUGGGUAGCAUUGUUAUCGUGAUUUAGCAACUCCCGUCUGGAUGGUUGAUCCAGUGGAGCAAUAAACUACAUUCAUACA